AUGGUGGCAACGGAAAAUCGCAAGAGUUACAUCAUCGAAACGGCCCGACAAUUCUUCGGACUCGUCGUCGCCGGCGAAGAGUCGUCACUGGGGAGGCCCGAGCUCGCAUUACUGGACAACUUUUUCGAUCGGCCAAAGUGUCGAAGUUUGUACGCCACUGUCCGGCUCGCUGAUUCAUCGCCGAGAAAUUCGAAGAUCGAGCUCAGCGAUCGAUUGCCCAAUGGACAAAAUACCCUCGUCUUUUUCAAAAUAUCGGAGACCGCCGUGACCGAGGACAACUUUCGCGACGUCGUACAAAUUACUUCGAUCGGGGGUCGGGCGGCGGCGACUCGGGAGGCCCUCGCCGAGUCGAUACGCCAAGUCUGGUGUCCGGCCCUCGAGGACGCCGGCUACGACUCGUUAUCCCUCAAGAAGCUCGCCAACGAGCUGCGCCACGGCAAUAAUGACUCGACGAGAACGGCCACGAUCCUCGACGAGGAGCGGGCCAUGCUGGAAAAUCUGAAAAACUCCGGCGGCUCGUUCUCCAGCGAGGAGACGAAACUUUACGAGCACGCCGCGCUGUGCUUGAAGAGCAUAAGACGCGAGCUCGAGUCGGCGUCGACGUCGAGGGAAGGACUAAUCAUGGUAGAGGAGACGUUCGACUCCAUAUCGGGCCACCUGGACGAUCUGUGGAAGCUCAAAGGUCCCGUCUAUUCGGAGCAGAGAAUGAGAUCUCUCCUCGAGAUCAUCGGCAGCGAGGUGGCUCGCGUCGUCAAAGCCCUCGUAUGCAAAGUACGAACGGACGCCCGCGCCAAGGACGAGGCGAUCUCUCGGGGGGCCCUGACCUGCGAGAAGUGGACAGCCAUGUCGGCCAGGCUGACGGGACUGUUCUGGCCCUACAAUUCCGCCCACGCCUGGAAGGGCAAGCCUUACAAGCCGCAAAGAUGCAGCGACUUCGAGGCCAAGCUCAAAGAAAUCGCUGAUAUACGGGCGCAAAAUCGGCAGCUAACAAGAUUGCUCAACUCCAACGAGAGGCAUAGUUUGGGAACUGAUGCUCAAUUCAGCAAGUUUGACAAUAUAGAAGAGCUGCUGGGAGAGGAGAACAACGCCGAGUGGGACCGGGUACGCAACGAGGUGUACGGCAGCCUGGCGCCGAUCGAGGAACGAGUGGCCGCCAAGCUCAAGUCGCUGCUGGUCGAGGCGCGCACCCCGCUGGCCCUCGAGACGGAGUUUCGGCGCUACGGCGACCUCGUGAAGCGCGACACCAUCAAGCAGCUGCUGCGCUCGGAGAGGCAGCAACUGCUGGCCACCUACUCGGAUCUCAUCUACGCGUGUCUCGGCGGUCCGGAUACUAACGAGCUGCUCGACAGUCCCGAGAUACUGCGCAGCGUGCAGACCGCUCGGGUAUCGGAGCUCAGGCUGGAAAGUUUGCAGAAACUCGGGAAACAAUUACUCGCCGAUCUGCCGGGUUACGACGAAGUUGCACAAAAGCUCGCGACUGCCUCUAAAGAAGUGGAAAAGCAGAGACAGGAACUUACCGAGUCAUGGAUAAACGAGAUGCGCGACUCGAUACUGAACAACGAGAUCACCCUGGGCCGGGAGACGUCCGUCGUCGAGCUCGGCGAGUCGUCGAAUCUCAUGCGUGUGAAUUACAAUCCGCGCCUGACCGGCCUGAUACGCGAGGCGCGCGGCCUCGCCGGCCAAGGCGUCGAACUGCCGCGCGAGCUCAGGGAGCUGGUGUCGCGUGCCUCCGCGCUCACCGGCCGCGCCCGGGCUCUACAGCAGAUCGCCAACUUUUACAACACCGUGGGCGAUCGUCAGACCCCGUCGCAGCGUCCGCUGAUGCAGGCCAGCGCCCUGGAGCUGGCGGCGGCGGUGCGUGACCAGGUGGGCGUCGCCUGGUCCGAUCCCCGCGCCGUUGACAGGUUCACCGAGAGACUGCGAGACUUGGUAAAGAAAUUCGCCCUGCAAAACGCCGAGCUGGCGUCGAGGCACGCAGCGCUCAGGAACUUGGUUUGCAAUUUGCUCAAGGGAGACGCGAUCAAUCUCGUCGCUAAUCAGAACACGUGGAAGGAGACGCUGCGUCACAUGCGAGAGAUCGUGAGCUCGGUCGAGUCUCGCUACGGUAAUACCGGGGCUUGGAAGUUGCACUGGGAUCGACAACUUUUGAAAGCUCUCGCUAUAGCUUACAGAGCGGCGCUACCGACUCUACUGAAGAAGCUGCCCGAGCUGCGGCUGGAUCUGACGUAUCGCGACGAGUCGCUGCAGUGGCGGCCGCCACUCGAGGACGUGCGCAUGAAGCUCUACACGGGCAUCCGACGCUUCCUCGUCAUCCCGACCAACUUUCGCGGCGUCGGCGGCAACGACCAUGCGGACCAGGCGCAAUUUCCGCGACUGGUGCCGCGCUCGGCGCACUUGUUCGGCGCCGUGUACAGAGAGGCGGAAAUUCUCCUCGACGCGCUCGAGAUAUUUCGCCUCAAGUGGCUUCCUCUUGUGGCUCCGGCGAAAAUUGAUAUAGGCCACACGUUGAAGGGUAAACAAGCACAGGAUUGGGAAAAGGCAUUCAAAGAGGCUAAACAAUGGGCUCAAGAGGUAGGAAAACUGAGAGCGAACGAAGUCAAGCUAUCGUGCAUCGUAAUUGACACGGCGACGAUCAGAAACGAUCUGGAAUUGUUGUCGCGACGUUAUUGGGAGCAAUUGUCGUUGGACUUGAGAGCCGAGGCGUCGUCGCGGCUCAUUUCCAUAGUGGACUUUUUGUCGACCUCGUCGAAAAAAUUACAGCAGAGAUCUCGUACCAUCGAAGAGAUCGGCGAGGCCUUCGACGCCUACACGCAGAUUCAGUCGCAAACGGACGAGAUCAUUCGCGAACUGGAGGACGUCACGGGCUUGAGCCGAGUCUUGGCCGCGUGGACGAAGGAAAAAUUAGACGGUCUGAACAAUGCUCACAUAGCUUGGGAGAGUCUCAAGGAGAGACUGGACACCUAUCAGAACGUGAUGGUCCGUCAGCUGGAGGAGGCCAAGGUGAAUCUGAACCAUCAGGUGUUGGCGGUUCGGGACGAGCAAGAGAGAUGGGUGUCGAAGUGGCUCGAGCGACCCGAGGCCAUCACGCCCGACUGGCUGGAAAACAUGCGCGAGAAGUGGACCGGCAUCGCGGAGCAGCGCCAGACGCUGAUAAACGACUGCAAGAAGCUCAACAUCGACAUCGAGGAGGUGUUCGCGAGCGACGAGGCGAUCGUCGAGCAGAUGGAGCAGGAGCUCAAUUCCGAGGAGAUCAAUUGCAAGCUCCAGAGCGACUUCAUGGACGAGCUGAGAAAGCAGGAGGAGGAGGAGUGGUCGAUCGUGAAGAAGAGAAUUCCCAAGCUGUACGACUGGCUGGACUCUUGGCGCGCGCAGAUCAAGUCGAACGAGAAGCAGCAGCGUCGGAGCGACGGACAAAACGAGAAAGGAACGACCAAGCAGUUUCACUCGUUCAUCGAGAAGAAGAUCGAGUCCCUGAGCGAGGACAUUGAUCUGAUACAGGUGCUGCGAAGCGACGAGCUGGCCGAGGAGCACUGGAACGAGCUCAAGGACAUACUGGGACUCGACGUCAGGCGCACCAACGAAAUCACCCUCAAGCACUUGCUGAGCAACGUCCAGUCGAUCAGGACGAAUUACGACAGGAUCAAGGAGGUGACGAAACGAGCCGGCGCCGAGAGCGGAAUCCGCCAGGCCCUCAGCGAGUUGGAGGCCUGGGAGAGCUACACCGUACUGCCGCUUCAGCCGACCAAGGACAGCCGUAACAAUUCCAUCCACCUGGUAGGCGACUACAGCACUUUAUUGACCAGAGCAGGGGAAUUGAGAUUGAUCAUGGAGGGCGCGCGGGGCGCCGCGGGCUACGAGAGAUUCGCCUCGAGGGCGGCUCGAUGCGAGUCGGCCCUGACCGAGCUCGAGGACCGGCUCAAGUGCCUGAGCGUCGUGCAGCGCAAGUGGGUCUAUCUCGAGCCCGUGCUGAGCAGCGGCGCGGCGCCCAGCGACCAGGGCAGAUGGAGCCGCGUCGACAAGGAGUUCAGGUACUUCAUGGCGGAGAUCUACAAGGACCCGAGGAUACCGUCGUUGAAAAAGCUGCCCUUUCACGCCCUGACGAGUCUCAAGGAUCUGAUGGAUAGGUGCCAGAGAGGCUUGGAUGAUUUCUUAGAGGAGAAGAGAUCCGCCUACCCGCGAUUGUACUUCCUGAGCGACGAAGAUCUGCUCGAGCUCAUAUCCGGCAAGGGCAAAGGAUUCGACGUGCACCUGUCCAAGCUGUUCCAGAGCUUGGGUUCGGUCAAGAUGGAAAACAACAAGAUAUCCAGCAUCGUCUCGCCCGAAGGCGAGGAACUCAAGCUCACGGAAAAAGUCGACUGCACGGACGCGUUCCCGAUUUGGCUGGUCAGCCUGGAGAAGGGCAUGCGCAACGCCUUGCGCCAGAGCCUCAACACCUGCCUGCUGGAGCAACAGCCGGACAUCGCGCUGUAUCCCACGCAGAUACUGCUGCUGUGCGAGCGAAUCCGCUUCACCGAGAGAUGCGAGGCGGCUCUGGACGACGACAAGGGCGUCGCGGAUCUGAGGAAUCUGCUCAAGCACCUGGAGAAUCUGCGCUCGCGCUACAGGAGUCUGGAGAGCAGCGAGGAUCCGAUCGGCUCGUUGAAGGCGAAGAAUUUGCUGCUCGAGACGGUGCAUCAUCUGUCGAUCGUGCGCAGCUUGCUGAGGGUGGCCGGCGACAAGGAGAAACUCGGCUGGACGUGGCAGCGUCAGUUGAGGACUUACAAGAGCGGUGGCGACGCGUUGAUACGCUGCUCCAAGGCGGAGUUCGCCUAUCGCUUCGAGUACCAGGGAGCGGCCGUGGGCCUCGUGAGGACGCCCCUGACGGAGAAGUGUUAUCUGGCGCUGACGCAGGCCAUGAGACUGGGACUGGGCGGCAGUCCGACGGGUCCGGCCGGCACCGGAAAGACCGAGAGCGUCAAGGCCCUCGGGAGUAUUCUCGGUCGGCGGGUGCUGGUCUUCAAUUGCGACGAAGGCAUGGACGCGGGCAGCAUGCGUCGCAUACUCAGCGGCCUGGCUCAAGCCGGCGCCUGGGGCUGCUUCGACGAGUUCAAUCGCCUCGAGGAGGGCACGAUGAGCGCCGUGGCCAUGCUCAUAAGGCCGCUGCAGGAGGCCAUCAGGGACGGCGAGAAACGCGCGAGCCUCGGCGGCCUCGAGAUCGGCGUCGAUCCGCACUGCUGCCUCUUCGUCACGAUGAAUCCGGCGGGCGACGACUACGGCGGACGCCGCAAACUGCCCGACUCGCUGGCGAGACUGUUCCGACCCAUCGGCAUGGCCCAUCCGAACAAGGAGUACAUCGUUCGCUCGCUGCUCGAGUGCUACGGCUUCGAGAACGUCGCGAGUCUGUCGAACAAGCUCAUCGAGACGUUUGACGCGGCGGAAAAGCUGCUGUCGCAGCAGCCCCACUACGACUGGGGAUUGCGGGCCCUCAGAUCGGUGCUGAACGCGAUACAAUUUUCGAUCGACGACGAGGACGACGAUCGCGACGAAAGCUCGAGGCUGCUGCACGGCAUCAAGAUAUCGAUCAUGCCGAAACUCGUGGAGAGAGACGCGUCCAAGUUUUUGCAGCUGCUGGCCGAUAUAUUUCUGGUGGAGAGCUCGAUACUGGAGUCGUCGUUGCGCACGAACAAGGAGCUGCAGGCGGCGCUCGCGGAUAUAUGCGAGGCCAAGGGUUACUCCAAGACGAUCGUCAACCGAUGCAUACAGCUGAACGAUCAGCUGCAGAGCAGAAGCGGCGUGGCGGUGGUCGGCCCGGCGGGCAGCGGAAAAACUCUGAUCGUCGAUACUCUGGCUCGGGCGCUGAAGAAGAUCGGAAGCGCCGUCAAAAAGUUCGUCGUUUAUCCCGGAGCUAUACCGAAAACGAGAUUGCUCGGUACGGUGGAUUCGCAGACGAGAGAGUACAAGGAGGGCAUUUUGUCGUACGUCAUCACUAAUUUCGGCGAUCAGCCUCUGUGGCUCGUUCUCGACGGCGACGUAGAGCCCGACUGGGCCGAGUCUUUGAAUUCGGCUCUGGACGACAAUCGUAUUCUGACUCUACCGAACGGCGUUGGAAUUAAAUUGGGCAACGAAACGAGAUUCAUCUUCGAAACUCACAAAUUAUCCGGCGCGAGUCCGGCCACCGUGUCGCGUCUCGGCAUCGUUCAUCUGGGCGCCUUGUCGGCCAAAUCUCUGAUCCAGCACCUGCCGCCGCCGUCCGCGUCCCAAGAUUUACCGAGCUCGGCCAGCCAAGCGCUGCAGAAUUACUUUCCCGCCGUGGUCGAUCGAGUCGCCAAAGCCACCCAGGGCCAGAAGUCCGCGGCGGGUCUGCUCUCGGCGGCUCUGCCGCAUUUCGGCCGGGCCACGACUCAGGCCAGAUGCACCUACGCCUACGUGACUGCGCUCUGCGGUCAGAUCGAGGAUCAGUCGGCUCGCGACGAGCUCGUUCGGUGGUUGUAUCAGCAGACCGACGUCUGGUGUCCGGACUCGCACAAUCCCUACGACGCCCUGUACAACGAGAAGAAGGACACCCUCGAUCCGUUCGCGUUCGACGCCAAGACUCAGCAGACCGACGACGGACCCGUGUAUCUCUCGGGGCCGAUGCAGCGCGGCGUCAACGCCACCUUACCCUGGCUCAAGUCCGGCCGAGCGACGGUGCUGCGAGGCGAGCCGGGCUGUGGCAAGACGGCCCUCGUCUCGGCCAUCGUCGCUCUCUGCCGCGAGGAAUCCGACGGCCGAGUCUUGGCCCUGGUCAGAGCCUCGUCACUGUACGGUCCGAGGGAUCUGCUGUCGAGGCUCAAGCGUGCCUGCGUCAAGCUAGACUCCUCGGCGGGCCGCAGCUACAAGCCGAAGAACGGCGCGAACUUGAUACUCGUCGUCGAGGAUCUGCAUCUGGCUUCGAAAGAUUUUCAGGAGCUCUUGAGGCAAUUGAUACAAGAGGGAGGAUUUUACGAGGACGACUUGGAAUUCGCCAAAGUGUCGCUGAGCUUGUUGUGCACCAGCGAUACCGGAGCCAAGUUUCAUCCUAGGCUCGAUUCUUUAUUGGCUACGCAUUAUUUGCCGAAAAUACAACCGAAAGAUUUGAAAGUAAUCGUGGAGUUGAAUCUGAGCGAGCAUCUGAAAGCGAACGAGAAGCAAUUCAAAUCGUGGAUAUCGAGAGUGUCGACGGCCGUCGUGCAGGCUUACUUCGAGAUGUCCUCGGACAAGAGCAACAACAAGUGGACACCGCGAGACGUUAUCACGUGGAUCGAAUCUCUGAAGUAUUAUCCACCGGCCGACAGAGAGGGUGAUUUAACGGGCUACCUCAUCGACGCUUCCCGGCGAAUUUUCCGACCCAAAUUGAUUGCGAAAGAGCAGAAGCGAUUAGAGACGAUCGUCUCGGCUCAGGCGGGUAGCGGCGAGGGGGCUGCUACACACCGACGCACCACCACCACCACCACCGCCAACGACGCAGCUACGUUAUACGUUUGGAAAAGCAAUCACGCAGCGGGCCUGGCCGGCUUAUCGGAAUCCGAGUGGAAGAGCGAAACCGAUAACGCAGUCAUGCGAUGCAUCCGCGAGGGCGACUCAAUUUCUGCGACUGUGACUUCGUAUCUAUUAGAGAUUGCCGCUGACAUCAGCUGGAUGUGGGGCUGCGAGCGCCGUGGAAUUCUGCUGAGCGGACGACCGGGAGCCGGCAGGAAGUGGGCCGUCAAAGUCGUGUCCGUCAUCUCCAACGUGAAGCUAAUAAGCUCCGGACCAGGUAGAGCCAAGAUUGCGAUAAAAAAUGCCGUUCAGUCGGCCGGCAUCGACGGCGAGCGAACGAUCCUGCUGAUCGAGGAGAAUCACCUGCGCGAGGAGGGCAUAGCCGUUUUGAUCGGGGCGAUAGUGUCGCACGGCGAACUGCCCGGUCUGUACAGUACCGAGGAGUUGGAUGGCUUGGUGGUGCCGCUGGUCGACUUGGCAGCCCGGGAAGAGUUCUCCAAGAACUUGGAACAAUUUCUCUAUCAUCGCCUGAGGAAAUUCCUAAGAGUCGCCAUCGUCGUGGACGCCAACGAUCUUCGGGGCGAUCUGCUGCAGCGCUCGAAUCUGUCGCGCUGCUGCGCCGAGACUCAGGGCCAGAGUCAGGGCAGGGACUGGUGGCUCACCGAGAGCUAUCUGCGCGAGCUCGUCAAGCUCUACCAGAAACGAAGCCAAAGCACGACGAGCAAAGACGACGAUAUCGCCGACGACGAUAUCGACGACGAGCAAAAGGACGAAGGAUCGUCGGGCACGAAGGAGCUGAUCGAGUGUCAGCUCGGCGCGGCCUCGCGUCAACAGGCCCCCGCUCGGUUCUGCGCUCUGCUGCGCAAGUGGCGCGAGCUGCGCGAGGCCUGGUCGCGCCAGACCGCGGCCAAACUGAGGCAUCUGCGGGCGGGCAUCGAUCGGCUGAAGGAGGCCGGCGAGCGCGUGGCCAAGCUCGAGGAGGACGCGAGCAAGCACAGGCACGAGCUCGAGUUGGAGCGUGGGAGGGCGAACGCGGCGCUGGAGCAGAUAACGGCGACGAUGCGAGGUGCCACGGGACAAAGGGGCGAGAUGGCCUCUUUGAAAGCCGAGACCGAGCGCGAGAGUGUCGAGCUGGCGCGACGCAAGGCCGACAUCGAGCUCGAGCUCGGCAAAGUCAAACCACUGGUGGAUCAGGCCUCGCAAGCCGUCGCGGGCAUCAGCUCGGACGCCCUGUCGGAGGUGCGCUCGCUGCGUGCCCCGCCCGCCGCGGUGCGCGACGUACUCGAGGGCGUGCUGCGGCUGAUGGGCAUCAAGGACACCUCGUGGAACAGCAUGAAGACGUUCCUGGCCAAGCGCGGCGUGAAGGAGGAGAUCAGGGGCUGGGACGCGCGACGCAGCACGGCCCAGGGCCUCGACGCCGUGGAGCGGCUGGUGCGCGAGCGACCCGACAGCUUCGAGGAGAAGACUGCGAGGAGGGCGUCGGUCGCCGCGGCGCCGCUGGCCGCCUGGGUGCUGGCCAAUCUGCAGUACGGCAAGAUCGUGCUGCAGGUCGCCCCGCUGGAGAAGGAGCAGCGAGUACUGGCCGAUCGCUUGAACGCCGCCGAGGCCGAGAUCGGCAAGCUGCAGAGCGGCCUCGACAGCGUCGAGAGCAAAGUCGCCCAGCUGCAGGAGGAGCUCGCCGCUCACUCUCGGGGCGCCGCCGAGCUCGAGCUACGCAGUCAGGCGACCGAGUCGAGCCUCGCCACGGCCCGGGCGCUGCUGGCCAAGCUCGACGCCGAGCACGCCGACUGGCAGGCUCAGCUGCAGCGGCUUACGGAGCGUCGCCGCAGAGUCGGCCUCGAGGCGGCCCAGGCGGCUGCUCUGCUGGUCUACGAGCAGCCCGCUGGCUCGAGCAGCAAGCCAAAGGAGGAGGAGCGCGCCCGUGCCAUCGAGCUGCUGAUAAGCGAGCGCGACAAGCUGCAGUGGCGAGCCCAGGGUCUGCCCGCCGACACGGAGAGCUUCGUCGGGGCCUGUCGAAGUCUGAGGGGUGUGCUCACCCCCCUGUUUCUCGACCCAUCGGGGGUCGCUGUCUCCUGGCUGAAGUCCAAUCAAGGCGUCAGCGGAGGACUCGAGACCACUCGGCCGGGCGAUCCUCGUUUCCUGACCAGCGUCGAGCUCGCCGUGCGAUUCGGCAAGCCACUGCUCGUCGAGGAGAUGAACGAGCGACUGCCCGACGUGCUGCUGCCUCUGCUGCGAGGCGGACCCCUCAAGAUCGCCGACAAGCAGCUGCCCGUACAGGAGGGCUUUCGUCUGUUUUUGGCCACGAGGAGGGAGAAUCUGGCCGAGGAGCUGCCCAGCGAGGCCGACGCGCUGCUCACGAAGGUCGCCCUGGGCGCCGGUAGCCGAAGCCUGGUCGAGAGACUCGUGGAUAAGGCGAUACUGCAAGAGACGCCGGAGAUCGAGCAGCGUCGUCGCGAGGCUCUGCAGCGCGAGGAGAAGCUCUCGGGCGAGAUCGACGCCGCUCGCCAGGAACUGCUGCUUCAGCUGGGCGCGGCUCGCGGCCAAGAUCUUCUUCAGGAAUCAACGAACGGCAGCGGCGGUCCGGGUCUGCUCGCGACCCUCGAGCUCACCCAGUCCAAGGCCCGCGAGAUCCAUCGGGCCCUCGAGCAGAGCAGACGCGACCUCGAGGACAUCGCCAAGCGCAGCAGGGAGCACGAGCGUCUGGCCAAGUACGGCGCGGUGCUGCACAAGUUCGUGCGCGCGUUCUCGGCGCUGAGCUCGCUCUACGUGUUCACGGCCGAGCAGCUCGCCGAGAUGUUUCUGGAGGCGGAGCGGGCCCGGCCGGGCCUGAGGGCACUUGCCAAGGACGAGCGCGAGAAGAGCCUGGAAAAAACCUUGAUAACUCUGGUGCUUCAUCACUGCACGAACGCCGUGUACAGGAAGCAUCGACUCGCGCUCGCUCUGCAUCUGGCCGUGUCGCUGAGCUCGGUGCCGGACGAGCAGCGGGCCCUGCUGUUGAGCGGCAAAGCGGCGUCCGCGAACGCUGCGGGUGGACCAGCGACGGAUCGGAACGUGCCCAAUUUCGUUUUGCCGGAGCAGAGGACGGCCGUUAAAGCUCUGAUAGGCGCUUUGCCCGAGAUGGCUAAUAAACUGAAGCCCAGCUGGACGAACAACAUCGUGAGCAUCUACGCGGACGACGAUCUGACGCAGUUCGAAAAGCUGCUGAUCGUGCAAGCCCUUCACCCGGAGCAUCUGCACACGGCCCUGGCCAAGUGGGCGGCCCAACAAUUAGGAGUAAAGAGUCUGACGCCUCCGGCGUGGACUUUGAAGAGGAUAGCCGAGGAAAACACGGCUUGUCGGCCGGUGCUACUGCUGCUGUCGCCUGGAGCGGAUCCCGAGCCUGAGUUGCGGGCUCUGGUCGCGACGCAGGCGGCGGUCACGCGCGAGGCGGGCGGCGGCGGCUUCGCGGAGGUGUCGCUAAGUCAAGGCCACGUCGGCCAAGCCGAGGCGGCCCUUGAAUCCGCCUGCAAAAACGGCAGCUGGAUCCUGCUGAGCAAUCUGCAGCUGGCCAAGAGCUGGCUGCCGCGUCUCGACGCACUGCUGCGCUCCCUCGACAAGCAGCCCCGCACGAGGAUCUGGCUGACCACGGAGGAAUGCGGAGUGGGUGGCUUUUAUCCCGGCCUCGCGGGCUUAUGCCUGAAACUGGCUUACGAGCCGCCCGAGGGUGUCAAGCGCAACGUCAGGCGCUCGCUGCAGCAGCUGCAGCAGCGACAGCCCGCGCUCCGAGAUCCCUGCAAAUCCCUCCUGGUUGCCUGGCUGCACGCCGUGCUGCAGGAGAGGCGCAAAUUCGUGCCUCAAGGCUGGAUAAAGUCGUACGCCUGGAGCGAGGCCGACCUCGAGGCCGCCUGCGAGCUGGUCGUCGUGCGCUCCUCCGGCACGGCCUCCUCCUCCACGACACGCCGCAAGGAGAGCUUGCGCGGCUCCGCCGACGCCGACUACACGGACUGGGAGUCGGAUCGGGGUCUGCUCGACGUCGCCGUGUACGGCGGUCAGCUGCAGGACCAGCACGACAUGCGCAUGCUGAGGGCCCUGCUGCGCUCGUUGUGGUGCCGCGACACGUACUCGGGCAGGCGCAAACUCGGCAGCGUCAUCGGUGUGCCGCGCGCCGUGCAGGAGAAUCCGAUACUGAUCGUCGACAGGCUGGACGAGGCGGACUCGAUACAGGCGUACUUCGGACUGCCCGCGAACGCGCAUCGCGCCUGGGAAAAGUCGGCUGCAGAAAUGUCUCUGGCUUAUCUCAAGGACAUCAUGAAGCAGAAUACAAAAACGAAGCGAAGCAGCAACAACAGAGCAGGCGAGUCAUCAUCCAGCUCGUCCCUGGCAAAAACUAUCAAGGAUCUCGUGGCAGCCGUCGACCAGCAGCUGCAGCAGCAGCAGCAGCAACGCGUCCAAAGCAGCAGACAUGAUAAAAGAGGAGCGGCAGCGACUAACGACCCGCUGAGCUGCUUUUUCAGCGACGAAAUCGACACCGCCAGGCGACUGCUGCAACUGGUACGCGCGGAUCUGGAAACUUUGCGCGCGGCUCGCGACGACCUCACGACGACACCCAAGAGCUGGCUCGUAGCCUGGCCUGCGGGUCCCAAAGACACGCUGGCUUUCGUUAACCAGCUUAUCUCGCGCUAUCGUAGCCUCGUAUCUCUCGUCGGCAGUGCUGGUGGUGGUGGUAAUCGUCUACCCGAUAGAGUCGAGCUCGCCUGGUUCUCUCGACCCGACGCCUUCCUCUCGGUACUGAAGCAGCACACGGCUCGCGAGCAGGCGGUGGCUCCGGAAAAUUUGCGUCUGAGAGCCAGAUGGACCGACAACGACAACGAGUCGCAGGAGGAGGAGGACACUACUACCGACGCUUGGAAACGAGCCGUACAGUUGGAUGGGCUCCUACUAACCGGGGCAAGGAUCGAGGCCGGGGUCCUCGAGGAGGUGACGGCGAGCGCGAGCUCGAGCCUACUGGUGCAGAACUGCUCGAUCGCCUUUGUGGCCGUCAAGGAUAACGAGUCGGCGGAGAGUCGCGACGAUUACGAUCCGUGGAGCGACGACGAUCGAGAACUAGGAAACGAUCUCAACGCCCUCGAGGUGCCCGUCUACACGGACGCGUUCAAGAGUCGACUGGUCGUAUCGCUGCCCGUGCCCUACAUCAAAGACCAGAAGGAUAUCUGGCAUCAAAGGGGUGUCAAUUUCCACUUGAGAUCCAAUUGAAGCGCAACGUGCGAAGUCUCUCGCAGCGCAGUGGCGGCAUCUGUUUUCAAUUAAAGCGCGAGUGGUGUAUGCAUCGCUGAAAAUCAAAUAUUUUUUCUAGAUGGAAUAUAUAAAUUCAAGAGAGGCGUAUAAGGGGUUCGAGGAUUGAAUCAACAACACUGAGAAUUUUUUUUACAGUAGUAAAGUGCUUUAUUUUUCGUAAAAUUUAAUAAAUAUAAUGACUAUAAGAAGUAAAACCGUUUUUUUUUUUGACAUGUUGUCGAGGAAAAUAUAGUUGCGUUGAACGAUUGUUUUUUUUUCUCGUGAUUCGAAAUAUAAUAACUAUAUACUUUGUAGUAUUAAUUAAAAUUUUUUUCUCGUAUUCUACAUACUCGUACUUAUCUUCGCAGAAAGGUUUCAUUUUGUUUAUUAUGAUUUCGUUACAGUUUUUUGUCGUCUUGAAUCGUGACUACAUUUUCGCAAAAUCACACUUAUAUGCUACCUGCGCACGUAUCUUUUUUUUCUCGUAAGUGUUUUUCAUUACUAUUAUUAUUAUUAUUAUUAUUCAUACUUAAUAUUUAUAUAAUAAUAAUUAGUUCAUUAUAGUUGUAUCUUGUUUGUUUUUUCUUCUUUCUAAUAAUUGUCUAUACGCCGUAAUUUCAUUGUAUCGAGUUUUCUUUUUUUUUUUAGUAUAGAAUAAGUCUUUCUAAACUACGCUAAUGUUGUUUUAUUUAUUUUCUUUUAUAUAAUAAAAUAUAUGUUUAGUCAAGACACACGUUGUAAAAUACAAUAUUGGAUUAAUUAAAAAUCAUGCCAGAGACACAUAUAUACCGCGCACACUCGCAUUCCUUACAUGAUAAUACAACAUAGCAUCGUCAAAAUUAUACAUAUUCACGAUAUACAAAUUUAUACAGUCUGGGAUGCUAGAGGUUUGUGGAGAUGCACCUAUGUUAUAUGAUAUAAUAUUUGUUCAUUUGGAUUUGUCAAUAAUUUGAGUGCGACUAUUGAUUCAUUUUUUGUCUUGCUCCGACUCAUGGCUGAUCCAUAAUCAAUAUCGUGUUAUCCUUUUUUUGUCGGUGCUGAAAAAACCAUAGCCUCGCUCGUCUUUCAAUUUAAAAAUUGGUCCUGUAUUUUGGGUCAUCCGGUAGUCUCUGUUCGCGACUACCGAAGUUGAUAACGAUUGGGAUAUAACUCGGCUUCAUGCUAAUUUCGCGCGCAAAAAAAA